GCCGUGAGCUCAGCACAAGCUGCUUGACUAUUUUCUUGUGAACAUCAACCACCAACAACGAUCUACCUCACAUUCCCUUGCUGCUGCAGUGAAUAUUUAGCGGGUCUGAGCACUCUUACAUCUGACAUGGUCCGAUUAAGAUCGCCCUUGAAAUCCUUUACAGAUGAGUAAAGAGCAAGCUUCACUUCCGUCUCUGAACACCCUGUCACGCGUCUCGAGUCCAUUACCGCUGUCUACAGACAAUCCUCAAACCUCGAGAGCAAAUCGCGUCAAACAAGAUGGCGUCCAAAGCUCCUCCUAUCGACGAGGUGAUCCACGCGCGCCCAGAAAUUGUUGACUGGUGGGUCAAUGAGAUGAACGGUCAGCCGAUGGACGAGAACAUGAUACAUCGAUACAUGUCUGAAUCGCCCUUCUUCGACUGGAGCUCCAAGAAUGGCAUGUACCUCUCACAGGCUCAGAACGACUGGAAUAUGUAUGAGCUCAGCAACAACCGCAAGGGCUUUGAAGACCUCGUUCGAUCGCGCAACGGCCUCGAAUUCAUGAUCGUAGCAGAGCCGCAGCCUGUGGCGGACAAGGAGUUGGCUGCUCAAGGCGUCAAGACAGGUAUAUACGUUGUUCGCAAGCAGGACAGGCAGAGAAUACAGGACAAUGCGCCACGACCGGCGGGUGUGAUCAUCGAAGGGCAGUGGGAGAUCACAAUUCUGGCGACGUACUACAUUGUCGGCAUAAAUGUCUACCAGGCUCCAAAUGUCUUCGACAUCAUCGGCAAUCGCUUGCUCGCUGCGGCCAGUAGUCUCAACAAGGUUAUCGAGAGAAUUCAUGACCUACCAGUCUAUGAUCCGGCGUUGGGACACAGCUAUCUCCCUCAAAGUCAGACUGCGAAGGCGACCACAUCAGGGUCGGUAGCGGGAUCCCCAAUACGCUCGCGCGAAGGCAGCCUUGCUCCUGGAACAGAUUCGCAAUCUCUUCGCUCAGGCUCAGUCCAGCCGGCCUCGCAAAUCACGACCUCCGCAAACUCGUCCAACUAUGAAGAGACUCGUCUGCUGGCAGAUUCUCUGAGAAUGGCAAUCUUUUAUGGAGAUGACUUUACCGAUGAGAACCCUUUGAUCGGCGAACCUGGCAGCUUCAAGUUCUCCUCGUCCCAUGCUACAGUUAAGAAACGUAGAGCAGACGAGGAAGCGGCGCUUGCCAAGGCUCGAGCUGAGAAAGACUCGGCGUCUACAUCAAGAGCAACUUCGCCAAAGGUCGAGUCGUCAGGUGCUGAUGCAUUCAAGACGAAGAUCAAGGAGCCUGGAAAGGAGGCGAAGAGCAGCAAAGAUGAGCGGAGAGUCAGCAAAGGUGGUGAAAAGUCCAAACGACGAAAGAGCAAAGGUGGCUCGCUUGUAACCCCAACGACACCAAGCAGCGCAACUGCUGUGCAGACGCCUGCCGCAUCGUAGAAGGUGGAUUGCGUUCUAAGGGCCCACUCGGUUGCAUUGCAGAUCGAGUUCGAAGACAUUGCAGCGUUUCAGCAAAGGCGUCAUACUGGAUAUACCCAGGGUAGAGUGAGAUCGGUCUGACAUGAAAUUUGCAUAACACUUUUGAGACUGAUCUCCUAAUAUGCUUCAAUUCCG